GUAGCCCCCGCCGGGUGGCCACCCAGCGCGUGCGCGCUUCCGCCCCCCCCCCGCGAGGCCGCCAUUUUGCUUCCGGAGCGGCAGCGGCGGCGGAGUGAGCGAGGCGGCCGGUCCGUCAGCGCCGAAGGAGCCGCCUGGCCGGAGACGAUAAAAGUACCUCUCCGAAAUCAAGCUCUCUGCUGAAGCAGGAAACCAAAUGUGUCUGCCUGCAGCAAAGUUCUGGCUCAAAAGAUAAAGGCUGAUCGGGAUGAAUCCAUGAAACGGUUUGGCAAUUUAUUGAAUGCCCUGGAACCACAGCCGUCCCUAAAGGAGAGGAGAUAAGUAGAAGGUAGGUGUGAGUGCGGCCCCAUCCCCAUCAUGUUUUGGAAGUUUGAUCUGAACACAACGUCCCAUGUUGACAAACUGCUGGAGAAAGAGGAUGUGACUCUGUGGGAGUUGAUGGAUGAAGAUGACAUCCUGCAGGAGUGCAAAGCCCAGAACCGGAAGCUGGUGGACUUCCUCUGUCGGCAGCCGUGCAUGGAGGAACUGGUGCAGCUGAUCACCCGCCAGCCUCCCCUGGACGUGGAUGAGAAAGUUCGCUUCAAGUACCCAAACACGGCCUGCGAGCUGCUGACCUCGGACGUGCCCCAGAUCAGCGACCGGCUGGGGGGAGACGAGGCCCUGUGGGACGUCCUCUACGGCUUCUUGGACCAGGAGCCUCCCUUGAACCCCUUGCUGGCCAGUUUUUUCAGCAAGACCAUCGGCAGCCUCAUCUCUAGGAAAGCAGAGCAGGUGAUUUCAUUCCUGAGGAAGAAAGCUGAGUUUGUCGAUCUGGUGCUGAAGCAUCUUGAGACGUCUGCCAUGAUGGACCUCCUGUUGCGACUGGUGAGCUGUGUGGAGCCGGCUCCCCUUCGCCAGGAUGUGCUGCAGUGGCUGAAUGACGCAAAACUCGUUCAGAGGCUGCUGGAGCUGAUCCGCCCUCAUCAGGAUGAAGAUAGACAAUCCAAUGCUUCUCAAACCUUGUGUGAUAUCAUCAGGCUGAGCAGAGAUCAGAGCAACCAGCUCCAGGAAGUGGCUGGCCUGGACCCUCUUCUGGCUUCCCUAGAGUCGCAGGAGUGUGUGGAGCAGCUUUUGAAGAACGUGUUUGACGAGGGAUUGACGGAGACCUGCGUUGUGAACGGGACACAAGUUUUGCUGACAUUACUUGAGCCGAGGAGAGCUGGCUUGGAAGGACUUUCUGAUUCCUUCUCCCAGGGGUUUGAGAAGUUUCACCCUGUCAGUAGCAGCAUCUUGCAGGGCAUCAAGCCGCGCUUGAAGGACUUCCACCAGCUGCUGCUUCAGCCCCCCAAGGUGGCUUCUAUCCUGACGACCAUCGGGAUCCUGGAGGAGCCCCUCGGCAAUUCUCGUCUUCAUGGCGCCCGCUUGGUUGCUGCCCUCCUUCACACCAACACGCCCAGCAUUAAUGAGGAGCUGUGCCGGCUUAACACCAUGGACCUGCUGCUGGACCUGUUUUUCAAAUACACUUGGAAUAACUUCUUGCACUUCCAAGUGGAACUGUGUAUCACAGCCAUCCUGAUGCACUCGGUGCCCGGAAGCAAGUUGCUCACAGAGAAUGAGGAGGAGAUGGAUGGAAAUGUCUCUUGGGAAAAUGCUGAAGCGCCAGAGAACCUCAUGCUGACUCACCUCUUUCAAAAGUGCUGCUUGGUCCAGAGGAUCCUGGAUGCCUGGGAGACCAACGACAAAAUCCAGGCAGAAGGAGGAAUGAGGCGUGGCAACAUGGGCCACCUGACCCGAAUCGCCAACACCAUUGUGCAAACUGUGGAGAAAGGCCCUGGGCAGAGCCAGAUCAGGGAUUUCAUCAGAGAUCUUCCUGAAGAUUGCAGAGGUCGCUGGGAGAGCUUCGUGGAGGAGACUCUGCUGGAAGCCAACCGAAGGAACACUGUGGAUUUGGUGACAGCCCACCACCUGCACUCCUCCAGCGAAGACGAGGAGGCCAAGGCUGCCUUCCCCAGCGAAGUCUCUCUCCAGCAGGCAUUCUCCGAGUACCAGGUUCAGCAGAUGACAGCCAUUUUCAUGGAUCAGUUCGGCUUUAAUGACGAAGAGUUUGCCGAUCAGGAUGACAACAUCAACGCCCCUUUUGACCGGAUCGCAGAGAUAAACUUCAGCAUUGACGUUGAUGAUGACAGUGCCAGCGCAUCCCUCUUUGAAACCUGCUGCAGUGAACGCAUCCAGCAAUUCGAUGACAGCGAGGAAGAGGAGGAGGAAGAGGAGGAGGAGGAGGAUAUUUGGGAGGAGAACGACACAAACUACACAGCCCAAGCCAAGUCAAGGUCGCGCUUUGGAGGACUUCAUUCUGUGGAAGGUUCAGGCAAAGGUAGCUUAGAAAAUGGGGAACAUGAUGGCUGCAUGGACUCCGGGGAAGAGGAGGCUGAGAAGGGGACAGCUGCCCAUCCUGAGGACCCCUGGAAGGCAGAAAACCAGGCCACGGAUCCCUCUUCUGAAGGGUCUGGGUGGAGGAGAGCCGCUGAGCCCGUGAAGUCCAAGCCUCCGGCCUCUUGGGUGGCCACAGACAUCGGGUCCAGCGUGUGGGAUUCCGUAAUGCCUGGCACGAAGGCUCCCGAAGAGCGAGGCUGGGCCAAGUUCACGGACUUCCAACCCUUCUGCUGCUCCGAAGCGGCUCCCAGGUGUAGCUCCCCUGUGGAUAACGAUUCCGAGAGAAGUGCCAGGAAGAGCCAGGAUGAGAACUCAAACGCUGCCUCCCCUUGCACCUGGAACGUCUGCGUGGCACGGAAAGCACCCUUGGUUGCCUCAGACAGCAGCUCCUCUGGUGGCUCAGACAGCGAGGAAGAGGAAGAGGCGGCCAGUGUGGUCACAGAAACCAUCAGCACAGGUUCAGGCCAGGAAACCGUCCUGCCGACCGUGGACACUGAGAACGAAAAGGCCCUCUUCAUCAGCAGUAACAACUCUGUGACUGUUGACAAGCUGGAGAGUUCUCUGACAGGCGAAGCCAUCCUGGCACUUGACGUCCCUCCACGUUCUGCUGCUCCUGCGGCUGUCACACCAGAGGCCAAGAGGGACAGCAGGAAUGAGGAGCCACACUCGGGAACAGAGGCCCCACUGAAAGGCCCAGCUUGACGGGAUGGGAGGGCCCGGAAAGUGCCUGACUGCAGCUGGGCUGCCUAUCUGUCCAUUUUAAUUAAGGCUGCCUUUGAAGAGAACAGAGAAUAGAGAGCAGGUCCCUCUUCAGCCGUGGUUCGAGUGCAGCAUGUGCUCCUCUUCCUCCAGCCUCUCCCCCCAGCUCCAUCCAGCCAUGACUGACCUGCCCCGGUGGCCAUUCCUGGCUUGGCUCUGGCAGGCAGAAGGGAUGGACGGGCCGUGAUCUUCCAGUCUUGCAUCCGGGACCCUCUGCUCUCCAGGAAAGCAAUGGACUGGCCCAGUGAUGUUGGGAAGAAGCUGGCGCUGGAACUUUCCUGCCAGCUUUUUAUCAAGCAAUAACCCUUAUCAGGAAUGCAGCUGCUACAUGAGAAGGUUUGGGAAGGGGAGCAAACGGGCAGCUGGUGUCCUGAAGGACAGAAUUUCUUGCCACUCUUGGGAGGAAGGAAGGAAGGCACGUCAGUGGAGGGACUUAAGUCAACCAGCAUCACCCCGGGAACAAAGGUGACCUUGCAAGGAACAAGGUCCUGGAGUGUUUCUGGGCUGGGGUGGUCUCUGGAGACUUCCCUGUCACGUACAGUUUGAUUUUUCCUUUGUUUCAUUUAAUUUUGUAAAAAUUUUAAUAGAAGCCAGAACUGCAACACUUUGCACUUUGGAUCUCAUGCCAACCUUGAAAGUUGGAAGAGACAUUUGAGGAAGCCAUGCCAAUAUGGCUUGGCAAUGCCUGAGGAGCGUGAGCCGUGCCCUAGAUGAGAUGUGGACUCCAGGGCAGCCGGAAAGGCUCUGUGAGGCAGGGGCAGUCUCCGCCCCCCUCCCAGCAUAAGAAUGGUGGGUGGCUGAGCUGCUGCAGAAUCGAGACCGUGAUUUUGGCCCUGAGCCUUUGGAUGGAAUCCGCUCCUUUGUGCCCCUCCUGGUGUUUCCAGGCUCCGUGCAGCCACCUGCUUCUUGCCAAACCUCAGUGGGACUUGCUGAUGCCCAGCAGUGGCAUGGGGGGCAGAAUCAGAUACUUCGGAAAUGAAAACUUUUCUGGAGUGGGUGAAGAAAACAAGCUUAAAUCUGGCAUGGUUACAGUAACACCCCUCCCCCCCCAACCAAACAGUGCUCUGUUUGUUUUUAGAAAAAACUCACAAUGUCUGUUGUCCCAUGUUUUUUUGCAAAUUAAAGGGUUGGCCAGAGGCCUUUGAGGAAGAAGGCCGGCCCACUUUUCUCCCA